CAGCUGAUCGGAAGCAUAAUAGUGAGACGCUUUUUUCCUGAGAUUAUCUGAAGUAUUUUAUUCUUUGAUGCCAUAUUCUCUCAUAUUCAGAGUUCUUGAAAGUCAAGUAUAGUAGGAAAUUGACAUUAUUAAAAAAAAUAAAAAAAACAUUUCCGAGCAAGAAGGAGUUCCACAAAGUCAAUUCAAAACAACCUUAUGAAUGAACGCCAUUUUUGCCUACUGUUAUAUUUAAUGAGUGGCUGCUAUCAUGGGUGACUCGAAGUUAGAUAUGGAAGUGCCUGACAAUGCCAUUGAAUUUAUUGCUGUCAAGGAAGAAAUUAUUGAAGAUGUAAAUGAAGUGAACAACCAUAGAAUAAAAGUUCUCGAGGAUAGUGAUGGAGUGAAUGCUGUCUAUAUCAAAACAGAAAAGGAGGUAGAUACAGAUUAUGAAAGUCCAGUUAAAAAAGAAAUCAACAAUCUGAAGGAAGCAGUUACAAAUGUCUCGGAUAAUUUGAUGUGUGAAGAGGAAGAUCCAUUGCUCUUGCCAGUUCCAUUUACUUUCGAGGUCUGUGAGAACCUCUGCUCACCAGACCAGACAUUACACAAGAAAGAUAGUGAUGAGGAAACACGCAAAAAGUCGGAAACAAAAGGGAAAUGUUUCUAUUGUGAGAUCUGUGACAAGAAACUACCUUGCAAAAGUAAGCUUUUAGUUCACAUGAGAGUACAUACAAGAGAAAAGCCCUAUAAUUGUGAAAUUUGCAACCAGGCCUUCUCUCAGAAACAUCACAUGGUUGAACAUAUGAGAAUCCAUACACAAGAGAAGCCUUAUAUCUGUGACAUAUGUUCUAAGCCAUUCUGCGGGAGAAGCAAUCUUGUGAAACACAUGAGAGUACAUACAAAGGAGAGACCAUAUAGUUGUGAUAUAUGCAGUAAGGCUUUCCCUGAGAAAAUUGCUCUGGAUAGACACGUGAGAGUACAUACAAGAGAAAAGCCUGACAGUAUAUUAAGCUUUAUUCUGCAUACGACUUCACCAAGUGUUCUUGAAACUUCACAAAUUAGUUUUCUGUACAGCGAAGACAGUGACUUCCACUCAGUGGAGGGCAUGCAAGGUACCAGGGAAAUUGGGGGUAAACUAACAAUUCUGCUGAAUGCAUUGGGCAGUGUACCCUGCAAGACCACCACGAGGGGCUUGCCCAGGAAAACAAAGAACCUCCAUCUAGAAGAAUUCCAGAAAGUUAAUUUAUAA